GAGAACCGGAAUUCAAAUAUGUUGGGAAUAUGCAUGGGAAUGAAGCUGUCGGAAGGGAGCUGCUCAUCUUCUUGGCUCAGUACUUGUGUAAUGAAUACCAGAAAGGAAAUGAAACUAUUAUCAACUUGAUCCAUAGCACACGUAUCCAUAUCAUGCCAUCUUUGAACCCGGAUGGCUUUGAGAAGGCAGCAUCCCAGCCCGGUGAACUUAAAGACUGGUUUGUUGGUCGAAGCAAUGCCCAAGGGAUAGAUCUAAACCGAAAUUUCCCUGAUCUUGAUAGAAUAGUCUAUGUUAAUGAGAAAGAAGGUGGCCCAAACAACCAUCUGCUGAAAAACAUGAAAAAAGCUGUGGACCAGAACCCUAAGCUUGCUCCUGAAACAAAAGGUGUCAUUCACUGGAUUAUGGAUAUUCCCUUUGUGCUCUCUGCCAAUCUUCAUGGAGGAGACCUUGUUGCAAACUAUCCUUAUGAUGAGACUCGGAGUGGCAGUGCUCAUGAAUACAGCUCCUGCCCCGAUGAUGCUAUUUUUCAAAGCCUGGCUCGCAGUUAUUCUUCUUUCAAUCCCGCUAUGUCUGAUCCAAACAGACCACCAUGUCGUAAAAAUGACGACGACAGCAGCUUUGUGGAUGGAACA